CUAAUUUUUCCUACGUACUCUCCCAACUUUCAUAGCGAGAACUAUGAACUUUCCUUUAAUAAAAAAAAACAUAAACCGACUCUUCUUAGGUCUUCCUAUUAUUUCCCUUAUAAAUCACCCAUAAUUGCAUUCUUUUAUUCUUCACAUUCAACACAAGAAUUUAUAACCCUUCCUACAAGCAAGCUAAGGCACCCAUCGUCAAUCUCGACGUCGCGGCGCAAUGGCGAUAAGCAAGGCAUCAUCGGACAACAUACCCUCAAAUUUACUAGAUUUUGUUUCUUUACACAUUGUUUUAGAUAUAAAACAUAGCAUAACACGCUUCGUCGAGAGUUAUUGGUCUCUUCUUUUCCAUUCAAAGUUGAGCAAUGCUGAGGCUAAAUUCGAGCAAAAGACCAUGAUCUCCGAGGUGAGUAAUAACAAAAAUUAUUUGGCAAACGACGACAACAAGGGAUCCGACGACGAUUAUUGCUUGUUAGGAGGAGAUGUAGACUUGGUCUUGGAAAGACUCGGAAUUCAGCAUAGUUUUGAUGGAGAAGAAUUAAAUAUGAAGUGGGAUUUUAGUGAAAUUGCUGAUUUAUUUGAAGAAAAAGAGCCAAGUUUGGAAGAGGUAAAAGAAGCUUUUGAUGUAUUUGAUGAGAAUAAAGAUGGGUUUAUUGAUGCAGGGGAAUUACAGAGAGUGCUUCUUAUUCUAGGAUUAAGACAAGGGUCAGAGUUGCAAGCAUGCAGCAAUAUGAUUAAGGCGUUUGAUCAAAAUAAAGAUGGUAAAAUAGAUUUUAAUGAGUUUGUAAGAUUUAUGUUGAACCACUUUUAAAUUUUUUUUUUUAUUUGGAGUUGUUGAGAGUUGGUGAAUUUUAUGUUUGUUGCUUAUUGCACAUAACUAGAAUAGUGAUUUACGAGUAAUAUGAGUCGUAUGAAAUUUUUUUUUUUUUUUUUUUUUUUGAAUAAGAGUAUGAUAUUUUGGAUCGGUCA